AUGGCACCCCAUCAACCAACCACUCCGCAAUCUGCGACAAAAUCUUCUUCUCCUUCUUCUGAACAACCAAUCGCGUUAACUCUUGGCGUUCUCGGCGUCGGAGGGAUUGGCAAAGAGUUUUUGUUUCAACUGACGGAAUCGCACGUUUUGGAAGGUAAAAUCGCCAUCGCGUUCAUCGCAAACUCCCGAAAAGAAAUCAGAUUUAAGACGCCGUUCGUUCCGUCCGAACACAACAGAGAGUUGUUGGAAACGUUGUUCGAUGGCACGAACGAUUUAGCCAUUUGGGCGAAGAAUUUAUACGAGGUUUUGCACGUCGAGUUGGACAUUGUGACUUGUUCGAGUCUGUUGGAACGUCAGAGGAUUGUUUUAGACGACGUGAGUCCCUCUCUCUCGGACGACAGCAACAAUCAGGACAUUUCGGACGCUUUGACAAAAGAAUCUUUAGGCGCUGGUAAUACAAUUACGACGAAACCGUGGAAAAAAGGACGGUAUUGCAUCGUCGACAUGACAUCGUCCGAUGAAAUCGCGGAGUUAUAUCACGUGUUUUUGGCGUUGGGCGUGCACAUCGUAACUCCGAACAAGAAGUGUAACUCCGGGCCGACGGCGCGAGAUCAGAAGUGCAGAGGGUUGAGUUCUAUGAGUUGGUCCACGGCGAGUUGGUUUUACGAGGCGACGAUUGGCGCUGGUUUACCAAUCAUAUCGACUUUAAGAAACCUGACGAGUAGCGGCGACGAGGUGUACCAAAUCAAAGGCGUUUUUAGCGGCACGAUGUCCUAUUUGUUCAACACUUUCGACGGGUCGACGCCGUUUUCUGAGGUUGUAAAAACAGCCAAGAAACUCGGGUAUACGGAACCAGACGCGCGAGAGGACUUGAACGGCCAAGACGUUGCGCGAAAAGUGGUCAUCGCGGCCAGAGAGUCCGGCUGGCUGGACGCGUCCAUCGAAAAGACGUCGAUUGAAUCGUUGGUUCCGGAAGAGUUGAGAGCGUGUUCCUCGGAGGAGUUUGAUGACAAGUUUGGAAAAUUGUACGACACCGUCAUUGCGCAAAAGUUCGCGGACGCGAAGAAGAGGGGAAACGUGUUGCGAUUUUGCGGAAGCGCGGAUUUACGAACGAAAGAGCUGAAAGUAGAACUCAUGGAGUUUCCGAUGUCUCACGCGUUCGCGAAUUUACAAGGAAGCCAAAACGUCGUCGAGAUUGAAUCGAAGAGGUAUAACCCGACCGAUUCGUGUUGUUUAACGAUUUCCGGCCCAGGCGCCGGGGCGGCAGUCACCGCGGGUGGUGUGUUAGGGGACGUCGCGAAACUCGUCGCGCGAUUAGGAGACGUAGAAGUUUUGGUUUAA